AGCCGUUCGGGUCGUCUGGUGCGUGUGUCCUCGGAUCUGAUUUAAACCACCACCAUGUCGAGCAAAAAGGCGAAGACCAAGACCACCAAGAAGCGCCCUCAGCGCGCAACAUCCAAUGUGUUCGCCAUGUUUGACCAGUACCAGAUCCAAGAGUUCAAAGAGGCCUUCAACAUGAUCGACCAGAACUGGGAUGGCCUCAUCGACAAGGAGGACUUGCAUGAUAUGCUGGCUUCUCUAGGCAAAAAUCCCACCGACGCCUACCUGGAUGCCAUGAUGAAUGAGGCCCUGGGCCCCAUCAAUUUCACCAUGUUCCUCACCAUGUUUGGAGAGAAGUUGAAUGGCACAGAUCCUGAAGAUUUCAUCAGAAACGCCUUUGCCUGCUUUGAUGAGGAAGCAACAGGCACCAUCCAGGAGGAUUACCUGAGGGAGCUGCUGACAACCAUGGGCGAUCACUUCACAGAUGAGGAAGUGAAUGAGCUCUACAGGGAGGCCCCCAUUGACAAGAAGGGCAAUUUCAACUACAUGGAGUUCAUGGGCAUCCUCAAGCAUGGAGCAAAAGACAAAGAUGACUGA